AUGCCAGAGAAGUUUGAUGCGAAGAAGUUCUUUAUCGACUUGGCCUCAGGAGGUACCGCUGCUGCCAUCUCGAAGACCGCAGUUGCUCCUAUUGAGCGCGUGAAGCUCCUUCUUCAGGUCCAAGAUGCAUCGAGCACCAUUGCCGUCGACAAGCGGUACAAGGGAAUCAUCGAUAUAUUGGUCCGCGUUCCCAAGGAGCAAGGGUUCGCUGCUCUGUGGAGAGGAAAUCUAGCCAACGUCAUCCGGUACUUCCCCACACAGGCUUUGAACUUCGCCUUCAAGGACUCCUACAAGAAGGUCUUCCUGGAGGGCCUUGACAAGAAGAAGGACUUCUGGAAGUACUUCGCUGGAAACUUGGCAUCCGGUGGUGCUGCUGGAGCUACCUCAUUGUGUUUCGUGUAUCCGCUAGAUUUUGCUAGAACCCGUCUCGCAGCCGAUGUUGGCAAGGGAGCGGGCCGUGAAUUCAAGGGGUUGGCUGACUGCUUAAUCAAAGUAGUAAAGUCUGACGGACCUAUUGGAUUGUACCGUGGCUUCUUCGUCUCCGUACAAGGUAUCAUCAUCUACCGUGCCGCCUACUUCGGUCUGUUCGACACUGCCAAGAUGGUGCUGGCUUCCGAGGGCAAACUCAACUUCUUCAUCGCAUGGGCUAUCGCUCAGGUUGUCACAGUCGGAUCUGGAAUCUUGUCUUAUCCUUGGGAUACUGUUCGUCGUCGUAUGAUGAUGCAGUCUGGAAGAAAAGAUAUCCUUUACAAGAACACCCUUGACUGUGCCAAGAAGAUCAUUGCGAACGAGGGAAUGUCAGCUAUGUUCAAGGGAGCAUUGUCCAAUGUUUUCCGUGGAACAGGAGGAGCCUUGGUUCUCGCCAUUUACGACGAGAUUCAAAAAUUCAUUUAA